UUGAAGUCAGCUGACGGCCGACUUCUGCAUUUAGUAGUUGGUUGCUACCAUCUCGCUUAAAUUCGAAACGUUUGUUGUUGUUGUUUAUUCUUUUCUUUACACUAUGUUGCGUCCUAAAGCAUUAACUCAAGUGCUCAGUCAAGCAAAUACAAGUGGCGUCCAAAGCACACUAUUGUUGAAUAAUGAAGGCUCUCUGCUGGCCUAUUCUGGAUAUGGAGACACAGAUGCAAGAGUCACUGCAGCUAUUGCCAGCAACAUCUGGGCGGCGUAUGACAAGAACGGCCAUCAGGCCUUCAAUGAAGACAAAUUGAAAUUCAUUCUGAUGGACUGUAUGGAGGGCAGGGUGGCCAUUACCCGUGUUGCAAACUUGUUACUUUGCAUGUAUGCCAAAGAGACUGUAGGGUUUGGGAUGCUUAAAGCAAAGGCUGAAGCAUUAGUGCAGUACCUUGAAGAACCACUAACGCAAGUGGCAGCAUCAUAGGGUGUUUUUAAUCAUUGAUACAUGUGUAUUUGUGUACAUUGAAUAAUGGUUUUGAGCAAAAUUGUAUUGUAGAUGAUGUGGAGACUAUAUUUCUACUGCUUUAUUUAUUUGCUAUCAAGUAAUCUUUGCACAAGCGCAAAUAACUUUAAGGAAACUGCAGGUUCUUCAUGUUCUAUUACUUCUUGUUUUCAAUAAGAUUUUUGCAGUCUGUGAUCAGGCUGCAUAAAGUGUUCGGCAAAUGAACAUUAAAUCUGUUUUUUGGUGAAAAAAACUGUUGUAUUUUCUUCCCUAAAACCAAAAGAAUUAAUGCUUUAUUACU